UGACGUCAUCAGGGUAUAAAAACCAGCCCUGCUCUCCGCAGGUCCAGCAUUCAAAAGCCCAAGCAGUCAGUCGGCAUCCUCGAGACGAGCUCGCGGAGCCGCGCAUGGAAGAAAAGUACCCUCCAGCUCCAGCAGAGUCAUCAUGGCGCAGUUUUAGGAGAACUUUUUUUUUUGUGGGAAUCGUUUCAGUCCAGGACACUCACUUUUACAGAGACAUUUUUUCACUUUUAAAGAGUUUUAGCCGUUUUUCCCGAGCCGCCGCGCACCGGUGUGAUGCCCGCCGGGAUGUUCAGCAUAGACAGCAUCCUGUCCGGCCGGCCGAGCUGCAAGGAGCCGCUGCUGCUGCACCGGAGCGGCCCGGUGGUUCUCUCCGCCGGCCUCACGGACUCCAUCUACACCGACUACAACGGACUGUACUCCGCCGCGUGCGGGCCUUCUCCCCCCGGUGUUCCGUCUGUUAACGGGACCAGGAUAGGAUAUAACGGCUACUACUACGGACAGCUGCACGUCCAGGGCGCCGGAGGAGCGCCGCCGUGCUGCGGCUCUGUGGCCGGCCUCAGCCCGCAGCAGUGCCCCUGCAUCCCGGCAGGCUACGACAGCCCGGGCUCGGUGCUGAUCUCCCCGGUGCCGCACCAGAUGAUGUCCUACAUGAACAUGGGCAGCCUGUCGCGCACCGAGCUGCAGCUCCUCAACCAGCUGCACUGCCGCCGCAAGCGGAGGCACCGCACCAUCUUCACCGACGAGCAGCUCGAGGCUCUGGAGGGCCUCUUCCAGGAGACCAAGUACCCGGAUGUCGGCACCCGGGAGCAGCUGGCCCGCAAGGUCCACCUCCGGGAGGAGAAGGUCGAGGUUUGGUUCAAAAACAGACGCGCGAAGUGGAGGAGGCAGAAAAGGUCUUCAUCAGAGGAAUCAGAGAACUCUCAGAAAUGGAACAAAACGGCCAAAACUUCCACGGAGAAAACCGAGGAGGCGAAAAGCGAAGUGGACUCUGACAGCUGAUAGUAAAAACGACCUGACGCCGCGGCCGCGUGUGCGUGUGCGUGUGUGUGCGUGCGUGCGUGUAUGUGUAUGCAUGUGUGUGUGUGUGUGUGUGUGUGUGAAAGCGACCGGACGCCGCGGCCAACUGUGUGUGU